CGUACCCGGCUGUUUUUUCUUGCUCAAACAUGUCGGCCAGGGAGUUUUUCUAACUUGCAGUCAAAAUUAAUGUUUUAGUCGCGAGCUGGUGUAGGAACAUGGUGUGUAAACGUGGCGGUGAUGUAUUUAGGCCGCCAAAGAGUGCUUUACUGGUUAGCUUUGUAGUUUUGGCUGUUUCCAGUUGGACAAACUUGGCGUCCUGUGACAGAGCACAAGUCAGUCCGGAGAAAUGUGUGGUCUGGGGUCCGGGGCUGGGCCGCGCCGCCGUCCUGCCGGUCCGCUUCUUCUUCAUUCAGGCGGUCAAUUCAAAAGGAGAAAACUUGACUUUCUCUCCAGGUAAAGACUUAUUUAAAGUAAAGGUAAGUCCACUGUCCCAGGAGGAGCGAGUCCGUGUCCACGUCCCUCCGCCCCUGGACAGAGGAGACGGCUCCUUCCUGGUGAGGUACCGGCUGUACGGCUCGGUGCUGAAUGGGCUGAGGGUGGAAGUCUUCUACCAGGACGCUGCUGUCGCCAAGUCACCCUAUACCCUCCAAGGUCCUGUCUAUCAUGAAUACUGUGACUGUCCUGAGGGUGAUGGCUCCAUCUGGGAGAGUGUCAUGCGCUGUCCUGCUGAGGAGCCUCAGAUUUCGGAGGACUUCACUUCUUUUCCCACAGUGGACCUGCAGCGCCUCCGAGAGGACGUCCCGCGUCGUUUUGGCAACCGAGGAGGUCUCAUUCACUACACGAUCAUCGACAACCAAGUGUUUCGCCGCUCGCUGGGAAAAUACACCGACUUCAAGAUGUUCUCCGAUGAAAUGCUGCUUUCUUUAACAAGGAAGGUGAAGCUGCCCGAUGUGGAAUUUUACAUCAACGUGGGAGACUGGCCGAUGGAGACGAGGAAGGCAGAUGCCAGUCCUGGGCCUGUUCCAGUCUUGUCCUGGUGUGGCUCCAUGGACACAAGGGAUAUUGUCCUCCCCACCUAUGACGUCACUCACUCUACCUUGGAGACCAUGAGAGGAGUAACCAACGACCUGCUGUCCGUCCAAGGCAACACAGGGCCUCCGUGGGCUAAUAAAACAGAGCAGGCGUUUUUCCGUGGGCGGGACAGUCGAGAGGAGCGGCUUCACCUGGUUUCACUGUCCAAGAAAAACCCAGAGCUGCUGGAUGCUGGGAUCACAGGAUGGUUUUUCUUCAGGGACAGAGAGAAGGAUGUGGGCAAAGCAUCCCUCGUUGGAUUCUUUGACUUCUUCAAGUACAAGUACCAAGUUAACGUGGAUGGGACAGUAGCAGCGUACAGGUUUCCUUACUUGAUGCUGGGAAACAGUCUGGUUCUGAAGCAGGACUCGCCGUAUUAUGAAUAUUUCUACAGUCAUAUGAAACCGGGCGUGCACUAUGUUCCUGUGAAGAGAAGCCUGUCUGACCUCAUGGAAAAAAUCAGAUGGGCCAAAGACAACGAUGCUGAAGCACAGGAGAUUGCAAAAGCAGGCCAGGCGAUGGCUAGAGAACUGCUGCAGCCAACCAGACUGUACUGUUACUACUACAAAGUCCUGCAGACGUACUCGCAGCGCCAGUCGGGUCAGCCGACGCAGCACCCGGACAUGGAGCUGGUCCCUCAGCCGAGCGACGCCAGUGCUCUCUGCACAUGUGAGCGUGAAGGCCAGAGAGACAAACCCACCGUGGACAAGGAUGAACUAUGACACACACUCUUUGUUAAUGUCUGGGUCAUUUUGCUGUUAAUAUACUAUAUUACUGCCACAUCAGCAGUGAGCACUGUGACGUUCAUCAUUACAAUCAGCAAUAUCAAACACCUGGUUUUUACUGUCACUUUCACUAAUAAGGAAGUAUCAGGAAUGAUUUCCCCCCAAAAUGUCCCCAAAUUUCUUUUUAGCAGUCAGGAAGUUAAAAAAAAAAACAAAAAAACCUUGUCCUCAACCAUUUUAAAGACUUUUACUAACUUGUGUCACAACUUGAGAACAUCGGACCUGCAAAUCAUGAUUUCACUGUUAAUUUUU